AAGACUUGAGUGCCUGAGGAGUUUAUCAGAAGGACUCUCUGUGCUUACUGGAGGCAAAACAUCAGUGACAGCACAUGAUGGCAGACUGGACUGUGUGGAUACUCCUGAUGUGUGCUGUCCUCACUGGGCAAGGGUCAAAGGCUCAAGAUUGUGGGAUGGCACCUCUCAACACAAGGAUAGUGGGCGGUGAGAACGCCACAGCUGGAUCAUGGCCCUGGCAGGUCAGCUUGCACUUAAAUCCUCGCGGGUCUCACAUCUGUGGAGGGACCCUCAUCAGUGACCAGUGGGUGCUCACUGCAGCCCACUGUAUUGUAACAAACUCAACUGGUAAUUGGACUCUCUACUUUGGACGAGAGACUCAGUCUGGCCCUAAUGUUCAUGAGGUGAACAGCACUAUUUCCCAGAUUAUCGUCCAUCCUGACUACAACAACGUGCUGUUAAACAACGACAUUGCCCUGAUGAAGCUCAGCAGCCCUCUCAAUUUCACUGACUACAUCAGACCUGUCUGCUUGGCAAGUAACUCCAGCCAGUUUCAUAACUCCACCCCCUGCUGGGCCACUGGCUGGGGCAGACUAGGAGGGGAUGCGCCCUUUGAAGCCUUUGACUCACUGCAGGAGGUUGAGGUUCCUCUCAUGGGAGAAAAUCAGUGCAGUUGCCUCUUCCGACCAGUACCAUUUGGAGACUCUGGUGGACCUCUGCAAUGCAAACAAGACUCUCAGUGGGUCCAGGCUGGCAUUACCACCUAG